AGCGGACAACGGGGGGAUGCUGGGCUCUCCUCGCGCCUCCCAGGGGGGCGGGGAAGCUGCCCGGGCCUCCCCCGCAGCUCCGAGGUGUCCGGCCCCGCCUCCCUUUCCCCACAGCGAGAGCUCGGCUGCGCGGCGGGGGCGGUGCUCAGACCCGCCUGGCUCCGGGGCCUUGGGCUGCGGCUGGAGGGGCCGGCUCCGUGCCGUGCCCGUGCGCAGGGAGGCUCCCGGGCCAUGCCGGCCGCGCUCAGCGCCCUCUGGCUGCUGCUGGCCGCCGCCUUCCUCGCCGCGCUGCUGCUGGAGCUGCUGCAGGCCCCACGCGGGGGGCCCCGACCCGGCCUCUUCCAGGACCUGCUCCGCUACGGGAAGACCAAGAGCGGCUGCGGGCAGCGCCCAGCCUGGCUGCGGCUUCUGGAUGUGCCCAAGAGGUGGUUUUCUCACUUUUAUAUUCUUUCUGUGGUCUGGAAUGGCUUGUUGCUCCUAUUGCUUAUUCAAGCUUUGUUCCUAGCAAGACCUUUCCCGAUAUGGCUUCGGGAUUUGCUCAGUGCUCUUGGUGGAGCUUCGCAGAACCAGGAUGUGGGUGACAAACACCUGUCUGCCCUCUUGGUUCUCAUGCUCCUCUGGCUACACAGCUUUCGAAGGCUCAUAGAGUGCCUCUGCAUCAGUGUAUUCUCCAGUGGUUUCCUUCAUAUUGUACAAUACUGCUUUGGGCUUGGGUACUAUAUUGUUAUUGGCUUAACUGUGCUGUGUCAAGUGCCGGCUAAUGUCAGCAAUGGGAAAGACCUCUUUAUGCAAAUCUGCUGGUACCACGCCCUAGGAAUUAUUAUGUACAUUUGGGCCUCUGUUCACCAACACAGAUGCCAUGUGAUUCUAGCUAAUCUUAGAAAAAGUAAAUCAGGAAAGGUAGUAAACUUGAGCCACAGCAUUCCUUUUGGAGACUGGUUUGAGAGAGUAUCUUGCCCACAUUAUUUUGCUGAACUCCUAAUAUAUGUAUCCAUGGCCAUCACAUUUGGAUUUCAAAACUUAACCUGGUGGCUUGUAGUGAUGUAUGUGCUGUUUAACCAGGCAUUGGCUGCAGUUCUAUGCCAUGAGUUCUAUGUGAACAACUUCAGCUGCUACCCAACAUGUCGAAAAGCAUUUAUACCAUUUCUUUUUUAGAACCUUUAUUUUUGUUAAAUAUGUCUUUAAUGCAGCCUGUGAAAUGCUGUCUAAAAGGUAACGGAAGACUGAGGUUCUCAGGAGUAUGUGUAAUGCAACUGUCACGGAAGCUGUGGUGAAACAAUACUUACUGUCUGAUUCCAGCUCAAAGCUACACAGGAUUUUAGUGAAUACACAGACUUUAUCAUUAAAUCAAAAUGAAACUUUUAAAAAGUAUCUGCAGUAUGUACAACCUGAACUGUACAUGGUAUUAAAAACCUUAGUUAAAAUGCAAGAACUGCUGAUGUUUAACAUUUGUGUAUUGGACAUUCAUGUCUAAUAUUUAAACCACUUUCAUUGCUGCUAUGCAGCAAGCCAAAAUGUGUGCCUGUAUUUUAUAAGUAACCCACACGUGUAUGUAGGGAAGGGAAGUUGCUCAAAGUGAGGAGAAACCACUGUAUUUCAAGUUUAACUAAUAUUUUAAAAGAAAACUAUACUCUUCCCCCACACACCCUGACCAUUAAGUCUAUUAAAAGAAGCUAACUGUUUAGGAAAAUGGUGCAUUGCCUCUAAAUAUUUUCCUAAAGAUAAUUUUGUGAGCAGUUGGUAUUCUUAGAGGACAGUGAGUAUGGGAUUAAAUUCUAUAAAACUGUGGGGAGAGGAAACUAGGAUAUUUCGAAUAUAAGGAUAUGGGAUCCCCACUCAUGACUGUUUCAUUUUUUGCUAAUAUAUAUUUAUUUGUUUCAAUUCACGUCUUUCAGAAAUACCAAAUACAAGAAAAGGUUGAGAAACCUCUUUGAUGGGAAGGAUGGGUAUUCCACUGCCUGACUCUUCUUCUCAGAAGCAGGAAUAAAUCUACUUUUUAGGCAAUAAAAGUCAGUGGUCCUUAAAGAAUGUCAGCUUUUGCUAUAGACAGUUAUGUGGCAGCCUUAGAAAACUGUAUAGAACUCAGAUGCCUUCACCACAAGGUGUAUUGAGAAUUGCGAUAGCCCAUUCUAUUAAUUUUGUGCAAAACUGUAGAGUGGGAGAAUUACAUAUGUUGGGUGAUAUAUAGACUUCAAAAAAAAAAAAAGGUCACCUACCUUGUUCACUGUUGUUGCCAUACGGAGAACAGAACUUAAAGUAUGAUGCUACUCUAAAAAUGGCCAUCUGAUGUUUUAUAUUAAUUUUGUCUCAAAUAUUUCCACUUAAAUUUGCUUAGUUUUCAGAGAAGAUGAUACAUUUUCCAACUACCAAUCCUACAAACUUAUCCGCAGUUCUGACAGUCACAGCAGAUUCUCUCUAUCUCAUCCAUAAGGUUAACAUUCCAUCACAGGUAUUUUUAGUAAAAGUCAGGGACAGGUCACAGGCAAUAAACAAAAAUUAAUGGGACACCCACAACCUGUCCCUAACUUUUACUAAAAAUACCCUGGGGAGAGGGGAGUGGUAAAUAAAGCACUGUUGGGGGUUUGCAGCUGCUCCAGCUUGUAUCUUGGACAGUGAGAACAUCCACAAUUAUACUGGGCUGUAAAAAGUGUGUGUGUGUGUGUUUUUAAGUGUUAUGAUACAGGACAUUCACCUACCUCUAAAUGAGAGGAAUUAAGAAGAAACUUUGCUUAUGAGUAAGUUAUUCCUCAUUGUCCAGUUCAGGGUUUCUUGCACCUUCCUCUGAAGCAUCUGGUACUGGCAGGGACAACAGGAUACUGAAGUAGAUGAUCAGCUGGUCUGAUCUGGUAGUGGCAUUGGCAUUCUAUUUGAAUGUAUCUUUUUCAAAAUGUUUUGUAGUAAUAUCUGAAUAUGUAAUAAAUUCCUUGUAUAAAGUAUAUUUUGUUGUAGGAAAUUAGAUUUUUUUUUUUUACUGAAGAAAUAUUAUGGUAUAUGCUGUUUGUUUUCUAUAACUGACAUUUUACAAAAGAGCGAUACAAGAAGUUUAAGUACUUAUAAAGUAUUAGUUAUAGAAAAGAGAAAGAUGAACCCCUCCAUGUGUAUUAACAAUGUAUAUCACUUUGGAUGAAAUAUUGGUCCUUUCACAGGAUCAGUUGAAACAAUAUAUAAUUGCAUUGGUAAGAGGUAACAAACUCCCUCUCACCUAGUAUAACAUUAAUACCUAAAAUGGUGCUUCCACAGUGAAAUUUUUUUUAGGAUACCUGAAGUGAUUGUGCAGUUGUGGAAAAAACUGGUGUGUUUUGGCAUUUGAUUUUAUUUGACCAGUACAUCAAUGUCAAAUAUCAGUGUAGCAGUUCAAGCAAUACAAAGAUAUUUGGCUUGCCAGGAUAAACUCAUGCUAUUGAAAACUCUAAUUGUUUCUUAAUUCCAAAGUGCGUCCCUUUUGACCAAAUUACCACCAGCUGCUCUUUCAACAUGUGCUUUAUAAUCCUGCAAAAUACCAGCCCAUAUUAGUAAGUAGAUGCAUGGAAGGAAGGAAAUUAAAUGUGGUAACAGUUUAUUGUGUCAAAGCUCUCAAGUCUAACACUAAUGUUUUUGAGCUAAAGAUGGUACAUAAAAUCUCUCAGCUGAAUAAUCAUUAGUUUUGGAAAAGGGAAGAAGUCUUUUAUGAAAAGAUUCAUUGGGAUUCAAUUGUUCCAAUACUUCAGAGAUCAACUGUAAAGCAUGUUACAUUAUAAUACCAUGUUUGUUAAAUGAGUCAGGGAUACCAACAACCCUACUAUUUCAUAUAUGUUGUUUUUCCUAAACUCUACCCUGCUUUUACAGUUUUAUUCUCUCUCCAUAAGUAAAUAGUAGAUAUUAGCCUAAGGUAGAGGGGGGUUUCUUGUCUAUACCUUGUCCUCCACAGCUGAAAUCGUGGAAGUAAUAAUCUCAACAUUUAGUCAUAACUUCAUUUUUUGGUGAAAUAAUCUCUGAAGGAUUCCUGUAGCUUGGGGAAUCAGAGAUACAGUCCCUUCCUAGUGCCAUCUCUUUCUCAUUAAUGUAUUUUCUGUGACAGGUACUGGGUUUGAUUCCCAGACGACUACUUGGACUUGUUUCAAGGCAUUUCCCACUUCAGCAUUUGCAGUGCAAUUAACAGUCUUGUAAACAGAAAAAUCACUGAUUCUGUCAAGUUGUUUGGCUAAAAAGUACUUUAGCAGAUAUCCCUUGGGAGUGCUCAACAAACACAUCUGCUCUUGAAACAGCACAUCCAUGACUCCUUGUACGUUUCCUUUUUGCUAGUGAAAAUACAUACAGCACAUUUUUUUGAACAUACACUAUAUGUCAAACCUACCAGGUGAUUCUGGAUUUAAGUGAAACCCAGAAAGAGUCUGUUGUUGCUCAGGAAAAUGUUCCUUUAGAGCAAGCCCUAGGUAAAAAGGGUACGGGCAGAAUUUCUGUGAAAGAGGGAUUGUUGCUUAGAGAAUCUCCUAAGGAGAAAAAUCCUCAUGGCAGUUUUUCCAACCAGCCCGCUGUAAAUGAGGGAUGUGGCGAAAGUGAUGUGAUCAAGGGAGUUUCAUUUCCUAACAGCCAGAAUUUUUCUGUUGAAAGUGGAUCCACUGAGUUUGCUUUAGAAAGAUCCAGUGUGGAUAGCUUUGAGAAGGUUUCAGAUGGAGUGAAAAUUGUUAGGGAGGUUGAACAGCCCUGUGAUGACCAAGUGGCUGUGUUUGACUAGCUUGUUGGGGAGACAAUGUUGUUGGAACAGGAAUGACUCCGUGCUGUUUCUUUGACUAAGCAGUCUGUACCUCAGGGUCUGAGGAAAGAUUGGGUUACUGGUUUUUGAGAGCAGAACAGCCUUAUGACUGAACCCACAAGGAUGCAGGGAAGAGCAGGCAAAUGCUCACCCUUGGACACUUUGGGUGCGUUUGAUAUCUCGUUAAAUCAGAAUCCAGUCUCUGAGCUGGUGGUGGUGGAUCCACAAGCAAGCAUAUAGGCAAGUGUCUGUGUAGAUGUUCAUAGCACAGAGGGGCUGCAGUUGGUGAACACACAUAGCCAGCAAAGGGAUUCCUGUAAGCAGGGAGGUUCAGUUUCCAACCUUCUAGGAGAAAGGUCCGGGGGUAGGGUGAAGGACCCAAUCCUGCUGAAGGGAAGAAUGAGUGUCCAGCCUUGAAAUUGUUAGCAGAUGACAAUUUGAAAGCUAGUCUCUGGGUUGAUACAAUCUACCUGGCUGACAAGGGAGGGGGAAGAUUUGCCUCAUAGCUGGUAGCAAUGAGGGCACACCUGGCCAGCCCAGGAAUUCAGUGAGACAAGAGGCAUUGUAUGACCAAGAUACUUACAAACACUGACUUUUAAGAAAUUUGGUGUUACUGUUAAGGUUUAGCCUUCUAAUGUAUUUGAUUUUGAUGUUAACCCUAGUAAAAGGUACAAUGUGUAUGACUUUGAUACAAAGCCUGUAAAUAUAUUGGGAAUAAUACCUAAAAACACAUGGUAUGCUAGAGCUUUAUGAUAGUGAAAUGUUACAGCUGAUACCUGCAAGCAAUUGUGAAACUUGUCACAGCAGAGAAACCUUUACAAAUGUAGUCUGCUGUAUAUAGAGGGAAACUGAGGCACACUGCCACAUUGCUGUCAUGGCUAAAUGCCAAGGUAAUUAUACCCUUGAGAGCAUUAAUGUCUACAUUAAUGUAGCAUCAGAGAGAGAAUAUUUUCAGAAAAUGAAGGUAGCUGUAUAUAAAGAGCCUGAUUUAGUCAGACAUGAUUUUGAUAAACUAUUUCUGUUGUACACUAAUACUUGUGAUGUAAACUGAACGUGUAAUAAUAUAGGACCUAGAAUGGAAAAUUCUUGUGAUGCAUUCAGCAGUGUCUAGGGACACCCUUUUCUGCAUCAAUUUUGCGUGGGGAGUGUGACGCUGUAUGGAUUCUGGGGGACACCUGAGGAUAUUAUGAAUAUUAAUAUUAUAAAAUUGCAAUCAGUUGUGCCAGAUAUGCCAUGUAAGAUAUCUGCAAAAAUGUUAUAGUUUGCCAAAUAUUAUAAUCUCAUUUGUUUUUGUAUCACAUUUGUAUUUUGGGGUAUAGAUAUGUAUCCAUAUCUGUAUUACUACAUUUGUACUGUGCUUCUGGGUGACACCCCCAGACAGUUUGGGCAUCAGCUCUGCCUAGCCUGCUUGAUGGCCCAUUAAGGACCAUCAGCUAUACGACUGAUCCAUUGAGAGAAGUCAGAGGAUACACUUAAUGACUCAGCAAGGCAUGCAUGGGCAUGCCUAUGGACAGAAAAGGCUUCCGAGCCAUGUGCUGGGCAGUUUGUGUUUGAAACAAGGAAGCACAAGCCGCAUGGCAAAAGACUAUAAAAGGCAGCUGCAUCUUCUCCAUUUUGUCUUCAGUCCUGCUUUUUACCUUUUGGAGGAACUUUGCUACAAACUGAAGCUCUGAACAAAGGACUGAAUGACCCAUCCAAGCUGUGGAUGUACUCCAGAGACUUGACUUAAGCCAGCAGUUUAUUCCAUCGCUGCUACAAGCCUGACCCAAGCACUUUGCCAUUACUGUACGUAAUUGAUUCCUUUAACCAAUUUUAACUCUCACCUUUCUUUCUUUUUAUGAAUAAACCUUUAGUUUUGAGAUACUAAA